AUGUCUUUAUUAGAGCAGUUGCGUUGUUUGAUAGUUAAUAAGGAUAUAGCAGUUGCACCGAUACCAGUAGGAAAUAGAAAUACUGAUUUUGUGAGAAAUUUCAUAUUUUCUAGGACGUCAGAGCAACAAAGAAAUUUGAUCAUCAGUGGAAUUUUAGUUGGCUUAAGUUUUUAUAUUUUAUUGCCAUCCAUUAGCAUUCCAUUUUUACCAGAUAAUAAACAAAAAAUGUUUAGCAAAAGACCGGAUAAGUAUACUACUGGAUUGAUCAAUCUAAGAAAUGAUUGUUUUGCCAACUCGUCGUUACAGGCGUAUCUGGCAUUACCGAAGCUAACCGAGUAUUUAAAUGAAUUCAUUACUGCUUUCCAUCAACUCAAAAAGCUUAUGGAAGCGAAUGGGAUUAAUUCAGAACUCCAAAUUAACUCACAUGACGAGUCGAAAGGAAGCUCCAAAUUCAAGGCAAAUAAUUCCAAGUUUGAAAUACCGUUACAUUAUGCGUUAAGCAAAAUGAUGAAGAGCUUACAGGAGACUAGAAUGUCAUCCAGAACUAUUUCAGUUUGGACAUUCCUUCAUGCUUUAGAGAAUAUAUUCAAUGCCAAGAUUUCCAAAUCACAACACGAUGCACAGGAGUUAACUCAGUUGAUCAACGAGACAUUAGAGAAUGAAAAUGUCAAGAUUUUAAAGAAAUUGAAGCAGCUAAGAAGACAAAUUUCAAACAACUCAAGCUUACUUAACGAAUUAGACGCAAUCCAAUUGCCAGAAUUCCCAUUUAGUGGAUUAAUUUUGUCUCAAAUGAAAUGUCUCUCUUGUUCUUUUGUUUCGAAGCCAAAUUUUUCCCCGUUUUUAAUGUUGACUUUGAAUGCUCCACAGAAGACUGCAACUGAAUUGGAGACUAUUAUAGAUGAAAACGAAUCAGAAUCUAUUGAAGGCUAUCAAUGUUUGAAAUGUCGCUUGAUUAAGAUUACAGAAAAUGAAAAUCAUUUGAAGGAAAUUGCGAAAUCAAAUAAUAACGAGGAGGAAGAGAAGAUUCUUAAUACAUUGUUUGAUUUAAAUAACGACGAGAAGUUGUGUAUAAACGAUGAUCUUUCACCCGAAUUAGAAGAAUAUAUUAAAUCAUAUAACAAGUAUGGUUUAGAUAUUUCGAAGGUCACAUCAACUGUAUUUAGAAGACAGCAAAUUUUAAAGCCCCCAAAGGUUUUUGGAAUUCAUUUAUCUAGAUCUAGCUUUAACGGAGUUGACGUAACUAGAAACCCAUGUCGUGUUUCCUUUAAAGACCAUUUGACUUUAUCUAUUGGUAAAGAUUACCAUGAGGAAUUGAAACAAUUUCAAAGUGCAGCCAAUGAAGAAUCAAUAUCGGAAGACGCGAACUUUAGCUCCAACGUUUUGACAAAUGAUAUUGAUGACAUGGAAGACGAAGAAUACCAAAGAGAAGAUAUUGAUGAAAAUGGCAACGAGGAUGAAGAAAAUGAGGAAACCUCUACGACUGAUAACGGGGACAAUACCACUUCUGAUAAUGAAUUUGAUGAUGAUGAUGAUUCAGAUAACUCAUCAUUGACUUCAAAUGAGACUUCGCAUACGACUCCAACUAUCAGAGGGAGUACAAAGUACAAACAAUCUGAUGCUGCAUCAAGCUCAACCACAUUGAGAACUCCGGAAACUUUGAAUAAUGCUCCUAUUACUGAGGACCAAACAGAUAAAUUAAGAAAACAUUUUAGAAGUUUUAAGUUUAAUGACAAUGACAUUUACAAAUAUAAAUUGAGAGCUCUUAUUAAACAUCAAGGAUCACAUAGUCAAGGCCAUUAUGAAUGUUAUAAAAGAAAACCAUUGUAUGUCAAGGAUAAAGAUGGUGUGAUCUUUAAGUUAUCUCCAGAAAUAAUGGAUGAUAUUACUGGUGAUAUUACAUGUGAUGUCGCAGGAAUAUCAGCGCCUGAUCCCACAUUCAGAGAUGAGGAACGCAAUGCCUCAUUAAAUAAUGUUAAGGAAGAUAGUUCAAGUGAAACUGGUACUAGAAGAAAGAAGUUUUCUUUUUCUUUUAGCAAUAAUAGACGCGGUUCUGUGGCUUCCUCAGCAUCCGACAAUGCUGACCCAACUAGCAAAAGUUCUGAUGAAACCCCUAACUUGAAAAACAUCAAUGAAGAUGAUUUUGAAGAUUCUGGAUCAGGUUUUCGUCGUAAGCUUUCAACGAUGAUGGGACGUCGACCAUCAGUUUUCCAGGCUGAUCCAUCAAAUGCUAAUAUCCAAGAAAUUAUUCAUUCAGGUUUGAACACACCUGCUGAGUUAUUGGUUGAUGGACCAGAAGUGGAUUAUUUCUCUUCUUUUGGUGGAGGACCUCAAAAAACAAUUCCUGAGGUGAAGGAGCAAAAGAAGGUAAAGAUGAGAAAGAUUCCAUCGUUAAUAAAGCAUCCUUUUUGGAGAAUAAGUGAUUCCCAAAUUACCGAAGUUUCAAGAUCAACAGUUUUAUGGGAAAAUGCAAGUGUCUAUAUGCUUUAUUAUGAGAGAGUUGAUAGAGGCCAAAUUAAGGGUGAUAAAUAG